GCCGGAUAUUGCAGGUGCCGCUUGCUGUCCCUUUCAGGCAGUGCAUCCUCCACUGCUAGAGGCGGUCCGCAGUCUUCCGCAUACUUGCGCAGCAUGAAAGUCGAAUGGCAUGCAUGGUCGCUGCUAAGGUGACGUUCAUGCGCGGUAUGAAUCCGGUGCCUUCAGAACGCCUUUCUGCUGCGUGGGGUCCGACGGGUGCGCGCCUGCGCGAGAAAUCGGCAGGCGAGGCAGGAAGAUUGGUUCAGUGGGUGCGAAGAGCACAAACGCUCGACUCCAUGCGCUUCAGCGUCCAGGAAUCUCCAAGCCCGAGGAGCCAUCGUGGUCGCUCUUGUCAAUGGGUGACUUCCCGUAAGAAUUGGAACGGUCCAAACCAAAAACAAAUUGCACAGCCUCACUUCUGAGCAAAAGAGUUGGAACGCGCCGACCCCCGUAAGCGCCGACGGGCCAAAUCAUUUCGAGAGCUUUCCAACAGCGCCUUUUGAUGGGACCCACAACGUCCAAAUCCGG